AUGCCCGAAUCGGUCUGCCUGUGCCGUAUCCAAGAUAUUCCAGGCAAGGGCCUUGGCCUUGUUGCAGCUGCAAGAAUCCCAAAGGGGACACGCGUCCUUUCGGAAGCACCUUUAUUAGAGCUGUCCCGAAAUGUCAGGUCGAUGGAGCAUCUUCGUCUGGACCUGGCUGACAAGCUUGCCGCUUUAUCUGAGGAGCAGAGGCAAGCCUAUUUGUCCUUACAAAACUCUUAUACAGAAGAUGGCCCAGAAUUAGGUAUCGCCAGAACCAAUGCUCUUCCGCUCGGCUCGAAUGCAACGAGAGUUGGUGUUUUUUUAGAUGCAUCUCGCAUCAAUCAUUCCUGCAAACAAAACGCACAAAACACAUGGAACGAAAGCCUUCAACAACUCACUAUACAUGCGAUCCAAGAGAUUGAGGUUGGUUCAGAGAUCACAAUUAUUUAUCUGUCAGAACGCGGGGAUUAUGAGUCUCGUCAUCAUGCUCUCCAAGAUAAGUUCCGCUUCAAUUGUAUAUGUGAACUCUGUUCCUUGCCAGUCGCUGAGCGUAAAGUGAGUGACAGACGUUUGAUCGAAAUCCAAGCACUUGAUCACUCCAUCGGUAAUGGAUCGGCAGUAUUACAUGCGCCGCUCAAAAUGCUCCAGCGCGUACAGAGGCUGUUACACCUGCUCACGUGUGAGGGGAUCGGUGAUGCGACAGUCCCUCGGGCUUAUUACGAUGCCUUUCAGAUUGCCAUAACACACGGAGAUCAGGCGAGAGCCAAGGUCUUCGCUGAACGAGCAUUAUCAGCCCGGGUACUUGUCGAAGGAUAUGACAGCCCAGAGGUGGAGAAGCUACAAAAGCUAUCCAAUGACCCAUCCCAGCAUGCAUCUCAUAGCUUGACCACAAGAUUGGUAUCCACGAUAGACGAGAUCCCAGCAGACAUGAAAGACGAUGAUUUCGAAGCCUGGCUUUGGUCUGAAAAGAACUGCAAAGACCAGCAAUUCAUUCACUUUCGGGACGAGGCAGCAUUUCCUGCUUUUGAAGACUUGCCCGGCGAAGACGACGUCGACCUUGAUUUCUUCCAAACUGAGGAUGGCUUUUCCUAUCGGCCCGGGAGACAUUGGGCUUUCCUGGGCGAGAUAACAAAUGCGGAGUUCUUGUUUCGCCUAAGACUCUUGGUCAAAGAUAGAAGGGAUCAACAGAUCCCGGUUGCUUUCUACACUAGUCAAGCUGGGAGAGAGGUCACUCCCGAGAUGCUCAAACCGGGGUACACUGUCGUUGUAUUCUACGCCGAAAGUCACGCGUUUAUGGACUUUUCGCAAGGCAUACGACAAGAGGAUCAGGAAACUCUGAAGGUGAUGACCACUAGCAAUUCUUCCUUUGGUUAUGCUAACUAUUUGGGUCUAUAG